UCGUUUCCGGGACUUGAAAGAAUAAAAGCCGAAUCUUUUUAAAUUUACGGACAUUUGCAACUUUGUCGCCGGAAAACCUGAAUGAGAAAAAUGCUUAGGAUUUUAUGUGCCGUCACAGUACUGGUGAUCGCAUUGGAUCAUACAGUUGCCGAGUCACAGGUUGAUCUGCAUUUAAAGAUAUCGCACCUAGAGUCUCGGUUAAAUAUGUUAACACAACGCGUACAGCAAGAUGAAGAAAUGUUAAGACAGUGUCGAGAUCAAGAGGAAAGAGUCUCGUCUCUUCAGAGACAUGUCGACACGGCGUUGGAAAAUAAAAGUCACGAAAUCAGAGAUGUAAUAGAGAAAGUACAGCAAUGGAGCAAAGAUGCCAUUUCCAAACCGAACGGACGAUUUGCACGAAGUUCAGAUCCGACUGAGGUGGCUUUUACAGCAAAACUGACGCAUGAAUUAAACGAUGUGCCAAUUCAUACAACAAUCAUUUUUGACUAUUUGGUCCAUUACACUGGAUCUACUAGUACUUAUGAUGUUUCCACUGGUGUUUUUACAUGUCCGACUUCUGGCCUCUAUCUAUUCUCAGUUUUUAUUGAAUCUCAUACCGUUAACACAGAGGCUACCGUUACCCUGAAGAUGGAAGGAACACCUUACAUGAGCGUCGUUUCCGAAAGAAGUGAUGAUGGAGAAGAUGAUACUGGAGGAAAUGUCUGCCUCCUCACUGUCAAUAAAGGUGAACGCGUUUGGGUUGAAACCUAUGACAAUGAUAAACAGUCGUUUUGGCUAGGUUUUACAACAUUUAGUGGUGUUCUUAUACACCCUCACUAAAUGCUUGAACGUAUAUGUACAGUGUUUACGAAGAUAAAAAGUAUUUUGACAAUAAAUGUAAUAGAAAUGAAAAUCAAAAUAAAAUACACCAAUGUAUGGUACAUUAAUUAUA